AGACUGUGCCAUUCUCUUUAGUGUUUGCCCUGUCCUCCCAAUGUUCACCUUCUCACCGGCCUUAUUUUGAUAUUAAAUAACAUAAACUGACUCCUGAAACAGGCCAUUAACAAAAGCUAUCGACGUCAAACCACUGUGUCUUAUGGAGUAACUAAAAAUAACAAAGGGGCGACGAGGCAGAGCUUCAGUUCAGACCUCCUCAAUCAAUAGUCCCCUCUACAUUGUAAAUAUCUUGACUUGACUUCAGCCUACAAAGCUAAACCAACAAGGAUGUCUCAGCUCCAGUUUCAGUGCCCGCCUAGCUCCAUGCCUCCUGCCUCUGCCCCACUACAGAUGGGGCAGCCGCAGCCUGGCUAUAGCAUCCCAUGUGCUACAGGAGCCCUUCCAUCAGAGAGUGCCAGCCAGCCCAUAAGGAGCUCUGCUCUCCCAGCGGGCUCAGCCACUCCAUAUAGUACCACAACAGUAUCUAACAUGGCAAACCCUAAAGAGAAGACCCCCAUGUGUUUGGUGAAUGAGUUAGCCCGUUUCAACAAGCUCCAACCUGAGUAUAAGUUGCUUUCUGAGCAAGGACCAGCUCAUUCCAAGAUCUUCUCAGUGAGGCUCACUCUGGGAGAUCAGCAUUGGGAGGCAGAAGGGACCAGUAUCAAGAAAGCCCAGCAUUCCGCUGCUGCUUCUGCCCUUGUUGAGACAACACUUCCCAAACCCACCAUAAGGACACCCCGAAACACAGGCAAGAACCCAGUAGAUGGCAUUACACAUACCAUGGAGUUGAAUGCACUUUGUAUAAAGCUUGGUAAAAAGCCUGUGUAUAAACCCAUUGACCCAUACCCGGUGAUGAGACCACCAAACUUCAACUAUAAUGUCCGGGCUCCUGGGCCGUACCAGCGCUCUAUGCAACAGUACUACUAUCCAUUUCCUCCAGUGGGACCAAUGAUAUACCACAUGGAGCUUUCCGUUGGAGGUCAGCAGUUCAUUGGGAAGGGGCGUACACGGCAGUUGGCCAAACAUGACGCCGCUGCCAAGGCCUUGAAAGUUCUUCAGAAGGAGCCAAUACUGCAGCAGUUGCCAGUAAUGAAUGGAGACCCCGAGGAGGAGAAUCUGAACAAAUCAGAAAUCAGUCAAGUGUUUGAAAUUGCACUUAAACGAAACUUGCCUGUCAACUUUGAGGUUUUAAAAGAAGAGGGCCCUCCACACAUCAAGAGUUUUCUAGUGCGUGUUACAGUUGGGGAGUUCACAGGAGAAGGUGAAGGAAAAAGUAAAAAGAUUGCAAAGAAGCUGGCAGCAGCGGCAGUGCUAGGAGAAUUGAAGAGGCUACCCCAUAUACCCAUUGUGGAGAAGACUUUGCCACGCAUUAAAAAGAAAACAAAAUCUAUCAUCAAACUGCAGACCAGCCCAGAGUAUGGCCAGGGGAUGAAUCCCAUCAGUCGCUUGGCUCAGAUCCAGCAGGCCAAGAAGGAGAAGGAGCCGGAGUACAGCAUGGUGACAGAAAGGGGUCUACCACGCCGGAGGGAGUUUGUCAUGCAGGUGACAGUGUGUGGCCGGUCUGCAGAGGGAAUGGGACCGAGUAAGAAGGUGGCCAAGAGAAAUGCAGCUGAGAAAAUGCUGGAACUCUUAGGAUAUAAAGGGCCUCAGCCCCAGCCUCCCAAACCGGCACUCAAAACUGAUGAAAAGACCCCACUGAAAAAGCCUAGUGAUGGACGCAAAGUGACCUUCUUUGAACCCGGCUCUGUGGAGGAGGUGACAUUGGGUUCGAAGGAGGAGGACUUCCGCCUGCCUUACCUGAGCCACCAACAGCUGCCUGCAGGUAUCCUGCCUAUGGUGCCAGAGGUGGCUCAAGCAGUCGGAGCCUGCCCAGGAUCCCAUGCCAAGGACUACAGUCGAGCCCUGCCCAACCCAGGCAAGGCCACAAUCACUGCCAUGAUUGCCAAUGAGUUGCUUUAUGCUGGGACAUCACUGACUGCGGAGACUAUCCUGAAAAAUAAAAAUAACUUGAACCAGCUGCCUCACGGACCCAUCACUCGGCCCUCAGAACAGCUCAGUUAUCUUGCAUCUGUGCAGGGUUUGCAGGUGGAAUACAAGGAUUUUCCCAAAAAUAACAAGAAUGAAUUUGUGUCAUUGAUUAACUGCUCCAACCAGCCACCACUCAUCAGUCAUGGGAUUGGAAAAGAUGUAGAAUCCUGUCAUGAUAUGGCUGCACUGAAUAUACUGAAGUUGCUCUCCGAGUUGGACCAGCAGUUAAAUGAAAGGACACGAAAUGGACCAGCCUCUGGGUGUGGCAAGCAGGAAAUCGAAGGCGACUCGCACCUCAAAUAGGCUAACUCAAGCACAUUGACACAGACGCUGGAUGGCACAGCUUAGAUAAGGUUUGGUUGUCUGUAAAAGCACUAGAGAAAACUCAAGUCACUGUGUUCUUUGUCUAUUUUAGAAGGCUACAGGAAGCUGUAGACUCUAAACAAUCACUCUUCAUAAUCAUUGUUACAAAAUGUUCACAGUUAAACAAGACUGACAGGAAAACAGUUUCUUCUCCUUGACGCUGUUUAAUUGUACACAUUAUUUUUCUUUUGCUUUGUAGAAAAAGUAGCUGCAUCCUAGUCAAUGGGUUUGGGGGUGUCCUUGGUAGAAAAAAAUGUAACUGUGAACUCUGUUUUUCUUUUGGAUAGAACUUCUUUCCUCUUUGUGAAAUCCGCUAACUUUUGUUUUUAAGUGUUUUACGUUUUAUCCCCCUGCUGAGGUAGAUGAAUGAGGAAAGCCCCUACUAAGGUUUGGGCCUCAUCUUUGUCUAGGGUGCAGCUGGUGAACCUCUGUUGAUUUUCCUAGAGUGCUUUAUAUCAACAACCAAGAAGAAUUUGUGACUAAAUGUAGCGUUUGAUGUAAUGUGAUGUUGUCACUGCUGUGCGUGGCAGGGACGUUUCCCUGAUGAGCCCUCUUCUUCCCUCAUGUCUGCUCCCCCACUCUGUCCAGUUCCCAUAAUUAAAUUUUGGUGCUUACAUGCACAAAACCAAAA